AAACAACCAUUAGAAAAGAACAAUUUUAUCCAUUUAAAAAUGGCGAAGAAAGAUAGGUGAGAAAAGAAUCAAGGUCGAAGAGGCGGAUAGAGAAAGGGAGCCGCUACGUGCGCUGUGUGGGGAUUUUGGAAGCUGAGAAGAGGAUCGAGGAACAACCGAGGAGAAAGAGAGGGAGCAAGGUUUUCGCGCGACCAGAUGACUCGAGGAAAGCAGAAGAUAGAAGCGCAAAAGAAGAAUGCAGAGAAGAAUCAGAAAUCCAAAGGCUCUCAAUUUGAGGCCAGAGUCGUUGCUCUCAAAGUCACUUGCCCCAUCUGUAAGGUACAACUAGCCAAUCAAAAUCAGCUUGGGGAUCAUUAUGGAGCUAAACAUCCAAAGGAGAAGCCCCCUGCUGAAUCAAGCUGA